AUGCUGGCUCCAAACAACCAUUGUCCCUCGCCUCUUGAGUCUCCGUGGGAGAGCUUCAGCACUACAACCUCCCUGUCGCAAGGGUUGGCAUCAGGUGCCUAUAAGUUGAUGAGCACCUCACUUUUGAAGUGCUCUGGCACCUCUACGUCGUCCAUUCCAACGUCUAUGGGUCUUUCACCAAGAGACGUUACUGGUGAAUUGGAAAGGACCAUCUCUACGAACUUUGAUAAAGUUGAAAAGAUGAGGUUGAAGGCCGUCAAAGAGCUUCAUAAGCAGCAGCAUGCCUGUGCGAAGCUUAUGGAGAGAGACUCGUCGUCGCAUGUGGACUCCAAGACGAACUGGGAGUACUACAACAUCGAACUAGAGCUAUCCGAGGUGAAGUUGAUGUUAUACGAUGCAACCAUCUUGUUGAAAGAGGACUACUGCAAUGUCAUCCAGCACGUGAAGCUCAUUGAAGACCCUUACAACACAAGGGGAGAAUUGGAGGCACUACAAGCUCAAUUUGAUGCUCUCCUUUUGAAACUUGACGAUUCUUUGAAGAAAGUUCUCUAUUUGACCAUGCAAAGAGAUAUGCUUGUGCAGUCCAAAGAGAGACUAAGUUUAUCAUGGAGAGAGUGGUUCAGGUAUAAGAGAGCGUUGAAAAGCCAUAAGCAUUCAACUACACAGCAUUCACGUCAAAGCACUUAG